AUGUCCUGGCUCAAGUUACACAACCCUACUAUAGAUUGGCCUAAUAAGCGUAUCACUUUUAAUUCUCAAUACUGUAACAAUUCUUGUCUUUCUGUUUCUAAUUCUAUCCUGGGAAAUGUUGGUGGGACUCCUAACCACCUUGAAGGCAUACCAGAAGACUUAGGAGGUGUUGAGGUAAUUGAACCUCUUGAAGGCAUCCCUAGGGAAACUGGAGGUACUGUGGAUUCUCCACUUGAAAGUAUCCCAGUAGAACUGCGCAAUUUUGCGGAGGUAUUUUCUGAGGACAUGAAGGUGACGGAACUGCCACCGCACUGUCCUUUUGAUUUAGGGAUUGAUUUAAUCAAUCCUGAUAAACCUGUUAAGGCUAUGGUAUACCCCUUGAAGGCAUCUGAUGAUGAGGAACUUAGAAAACUCCUUAAAGAACAAUUGGACAAAGGAUUGAUUUGUCCAUCCAAAUCCAAAUAUGGUUCCCCAGUUCACUUUGUCAACAAGAAAAAUGGGAAAAGGCGUAUGGUUGUGGAUUAUAGAUCCCUAAAUGCAAAUACAGUCAAGAAUGCGUACCCUCUACCUCUAAUACAGUCUCUCAUUGAGAAACUAAGGGGCGCAAAAUACUUUUCCACCAUUGACCUGAAAUCUGGAUACAACUUGGUCCGGAUAAAGGAAGGUGAUGAAUGGAAGACUGCGUUUAAAACCAAAUAUGGCCUGUUUGAAUACCUAGUCAUGCCCUUUGGGUUAUGCAAUGCUCCUGCUGCGUUUCAGCACUUCAUGAAUGAGAUAUUUAGGGACAUAUUGGAUGUCUAUGUAGUAGUAUAUCUAGACAACAUCCUAAUAUUCUCAGAAAGCAGAGAAUUACAUACAAAACAUCUCCAAGAGGUAUUGAAAAGGCUGCAAGACAAUGCAUGCUAUUGUAACCUGGAGAAGUGUAACUUCUGUGCGUCUGAAGUAGAUUACCUUGGUGUUAUUGCCAAUGGUGAAGGAGUAAAAGCAGAUCCCAAGAAAAUUACUCAAGCAGUUGAUUGGGCAACACUGCGCUCUGUCAAAGGGGUUCAAGAGUUUUUGGGCUUUAUAAAUUUCUAUAGACGCUUCAUACAUAACUUCUCAAAAUUGGCACAACCCUUAUACCAAUUACUCCAAAAGAAUAUACCUUGGGAGUGGGGUGAACGCCAAGAAGUGUCUUUUAAAGCCCUCAAACAGGCUCUAAUUGAAUCCCCUGUUUUGAUCCAACCUGAUCCAUACAAGGAGUUUUUCCUUGAGUGUGACGCCUCUGAUUUUGCAACGGGCACUGUCCUUAAUCAAAAGGGCAGUGAUGAUAAAUUACACCCAGUUGCAUUCCUAUCAAAAUCCCUAGCUCCUGCUGAAAGAAACUAUGACAUCUUUGAUAAAGAGUUACUAGCAGUAGUAAGGGCUUUAAAGGAAUGGCGUCACCUGCUGGAAGGAACAGUAAUCCCUGUCAAAAUACUGACAGACCAUAAAAAUCUGGAAUAUUUCCAGACAAAAAGGGAUCUGAACCAAAGGCAAUUAAGGUGGAUGGGAUUUUUGGCAGAUUACAACUAUAGGAUUGUGUAUAGGCUGGGCGCACAGAAUAAAAAAGCAGAUAUUCUCUCUCGCCAUGAAGACCACAAGUCUGCAGUUAAAGAGGGGGGUGAAACCCCUGUGCUCAUAAGCCCAGAGCUUUUUAUUUGUUGUACACCACUGUAA